GUGCGUCAACUGCGGUCUGAACGCUGAGGUACAAUAAUCAAAUGCCAUGCCAUCAAUUAACUGGAGGCUGAGGAUAAGAAAACGAAACAAACAGCGCAGUGCCCGGUCAAAGUCGAACAAACAAUCAGCUCGUUGAACCGAAGUCCUAACAGUGAGAAGCCAAAACAAGUGUAUGACGCUUCCCCCAAAUGUGCUUCCUUCUGCCGGCCUAAUUCAGUCCACUGUUUCAAAGUUGGCACAAGAGAGUAUAAAGGAAGUUAAACGCCUUCGCAUCCUAUUGACUCGUCUUCUCAUUACUCUUGAUGUGGAACCCGAAGAUGCAAGCGAUGAAGAUGCGGAUACAUCGUACGAAAAUGGCGAACGUAGCAAUCUUGGUUCCGGACGAACUCAUGCGACCAGCCCCGUGGCGUUGCCAUCUGACACGAAAGCAGUUUACAGCCCUCUGGAUCUACGGGGUUCAGCACUUACAUGCCAGUAUCCCCGCAAUGAGCCGCUGCGUCUACACGAUUUGGUCACUCAAAUAGGAGACACUUUGGAAACGCUAGAUCAACUAGGCCUCAGGUUGCAUUCAAAUCGUCUCAACAAUCGCUUGGGCGAAAUGGGCUUGCAAAAUGCCGUUAGUGCAAUCACAAUGGUGGACCAGUUGGAUUUUGGAGGAAGUAUCCCCACAGUGAAUGAGUACGGUGAACCACUGGAGACUGAGUCAUCCGAGCCAGAUACCAGACGCGUGGAUUGGCUCAUUAACCGAACUGAUGCAGAGCGUUGGAGUAGCCGCUACUGGGAACGCACCCACACUGUACUCGAAGGGCUACUCACUUGUUCCGUGUUUCGCAGAUCACACCUACGUUCGGACCUUAACCGACACCGUCUGGACUACAUGACAAGCAGUGCCAAAGAUAUCCGCACGGAUUUGGAACAACUAUUGAAUGACAUCCACUGCUCAUGUCCCAAGUUGACCAUAACAAUGACUCACUCGGUAUCAAGCGUAUCUGUGGUCCACGUUAGAGUGGGUGACGUAAUGCAAUGCUUCGUUACCUUCCGUCGGAUCCACCCGGAGCGCGUGAUUGUGCGUGCUAUAAGCGAGCGCAUGUUGGUGAAGACGAAUAUGCUCCCAUCGUCAGUAUCGGACUCAUCAAAAUCGGAAUCCGGAGCAGUUUCGAAACCCGUAGAAGAAAUGCUAAGCUUCAGGUCCGAUUACUUGGGCGCCCCGAGGGAUCAAUUAGUUUCGCUUCUUGCCCCUGACGUCCAAAGGCCCUCUAUCUCAUCCGAAAUGCGAAGCAGGCGAGGCGGCGCACCAUUUCAACCCACUCCUCGCCCCGUCCUCAUCAGUUCAGUCCAGAUGCAUCAAUUAGAUCUGGUUACACCCAGCCGAUUCACGUUGUUCCAGCGCAUUACCUUUUUAGCACAGUGCGCCAUAUUACACUUCUCGAACGAAUAUCAACCACCAUCUGCUAUGAGAGGCCUGUUUAGCUGGCUUCAUUCUUAUCACGAUUUAUUCACAGCUCCUUGUGGACGGUGCAAACAGUUGUUGGGACAAGAUGUGAGCUUGCCGUUGUGGCGUAGCUAUCCCCUUCUGCGAAAAGAUGACAGUCGUUCGGUAGAGCCUCAACAUGAACACUGUCAAGCAAUAGUAUGA